AUGCAUCACAGCGUUUCCAUUUUUGGAAUUUCAUUUUUAGUUGCCUAUUUGGGCUGCGGAGAGGCGCACUUCCUCAAAAUGACAAAUGCAGUGUGCAAGUCCUACAACCAAUCGUGGGUGGUGGUUCAUUACUGCCGCCUGAAGGCCUAUUCCCGAACCAAGACUAGCUUGAAUAUAAAUAUCACAUUAUCAGAGCCAGCAAAUAAUAUAUUAGUGCAUGCGAAGACGAUGAAGAGGGCCAAUGGGUAUAAGCCCUUUUUGUUCGACUUCACGAUCGACGCCUGCGAAUUUAUGCGAAGGCGGAACCACCCGGUGGCCAAGAUCAUCUGGAAUAUGAUCAAGAAUGUGUCCACCAUCAAUCACACGUGUCCCUAUGAAGUAAGCCCGCCAAGAAUAUUGCAUUUACGAUGGUGAACCAAUUCAUCAACUUAAUUAUUUUUGGCCUUUCAGGGCGUGCAGAUGCUGAGCGAUUUUCACCACGUCGAAGUUCCUAUUCCACUGCCAUCUGGAGACUAUUUGCUUUUGAUAGACUGGUUGUUCGACGGCAAACCGCAGUUUGCCACGAAUGUAUACUUCACAUUUGUUGAGGACUUGUUGCCGACCAGCUCGAAGCACAGAAGGAGCUCCCUGAGUUUCAGAAUUGAUGUUUAGAAGCUAUUCACAAAAGUACGGAACUUGAAUCGACACUGGAACUGGAAUACGGACACAAAAUCACACUUGCGGGUAUUAAAUGUUGUAUGUCCUAUGAAAGGCGAGUUUUGCUUGCUUUUUUAGGUCUGUUAAGUCCACACGCGGCCAACAGAAUUAUAC